CAAGGCGCUUCCGAAUGUUUAGCGCGACUCACGUGCGAUUUCCCUUUGAUGAUUGUUCUGGUGUAGCCCCAGCGGAAGCCCCAGCUGGUCAUCAAGGGGCUAGAUCGCAAGCCGUCCUGCCUACACACCACUCACUGAGCAGCUCGUCGUAGGUCCUACCUUAUGCUGGGGCAGUUCUAGAAAAGAAUCACCACCUUGCUUUUUGAAACUGGGGAUUUUAAAAAAAUCAAGUUUGUAGCUGUUCUGCUUCAGGAAGAAGCCCCCAUGGUAUCUGGAACUGCCAUCAAGGAGAUCUCUGGUGAAGUGAUCUGUUCCAUCUGCUUAGAAUAUUUCACAGACCUGGUGAUUCUUGUAGGCUGUGGGCACUGCUUCUGCCAAGCCUGCCUCACCCAGUACUGGCCGGACUCUGAUACAGAGUUUUCCUGCCCUCACUGCAAAGGAGUAGUUUGAGAAAGGAACUUCAAGCCGAACCGGUCACUGGCAAACAUUAACAUUGUCAAACUGGAGGAAGAAGAAAGAGCAGAAGAGAAAACUGUGUGCAAGGAAGAGGAAGAUCCCGUUGCCUUGGGAUAUGAGAAAUCCGGGGAGCAUCGGGCUGAUGGCGAAUUUCCUGUGGAUGAGACAUCCCAAGAGAGUAAGAUGACUGAAAGUGAAGGGACAGGAACCAUCAACGGCCGCAAGGGCCGUGGCGUUUCAUGGCGACACAAGGAGACCUUGGAUCUACUGGAUAUCUGGGGAGAGCAGAAGAUCCAGGACCAGCUCCGAAGCAGCCACCGGAAUAUUGAUUUUUUUGAGUACAUUGCCCAGGAGAUGACCACCCGAGGCCACCAUCGUACUGCCGUAGAGUGCCGUUCCAAGACCAAAAUCAUGCGGCUGGAGUAUAAGCGUGUGAUUGGUCACAAUUCCAGGGCAGGGAGCAAUAAGGUGACUUGCCCUUUCUACAAGCAACUGCACCGCAUCCUUCGUGGAGAUGCCAGCGUCAGACCCAAGCGGGUUUCACGAAGCCUGAAUUUCAAACAGGGCCCACAGCAAGAAGCUGUACCAGAUCCCCCAGUUAUGGAGGAGCAGUUCUCUCCUGGGGAUCUAAACAUAAUUAACAUUGGAGACUAUCUCAAAAAGGAAAGCAUAGACAACGUGGCAGACGGAACGGUGGCUGUUCAUGGCAACGAGGAAGAACUGCUAAAUGUGGGGAAUUUUACACAAACUGAGGAGGAAGAGAGCAAUGGAGGCAGUGGAAGAGAUCUGGAUUUGCAGAGACCCCAACUCAGCCCUGGAGCUCAUGUUCCCCCAGAUACUGUCGAACCUCCUGCUGUCCCUUCAAAGGAACCCGAGCCUCCCACCACUCGACUCUCCUUGAUUAGGAACAAAAAGAAGAGGGAAAGGGCAGAGAGCAUGUUUCAGCUCUUCAUGGAGCAGGCCCGAGAGGACUCCCAAAAAGAGCAGGAGGAGAUGGCGCGGGACAGAGUUGUACUGGCCAGGUUUCUGACGGCAUUUGAGCGAGACGCCGCAGACAGCCGAGAGGAGAGGAGGCCGUGCCUGGAGGCGAUGCGUGCCAACUGCGAUAUGUUGCAGGGCAUCGUGAAUGGCUUAAACAAGCUGACGGACGCCAUCGCCGGCCAGCAGCAAGCCAGCACCGGGAGCCAAGCUAGACCCCCCUUGCAUUCGGCCACUCACAAAGAUUUGCCCCUCAAUUCCACUCUGGGCGCAAGGAGUGGCUUACUCCAAGAAGUGCCACGUUCAUACCCUACCAGCAAUGCCAGUGCGGCACCAAAAAGCGGCUCUCGGAAGCCUAGCCAUGGGACUCACCCUCUUCCAAGGGUGAUGUGUAAUCUCGGGUAACAGAUGACAAAGUGUCUUUGUUAAGAUUUCGUGACAAUGAAAGGUAGACCAGGCUAAGGGAGAAGGAAGUUGGGGAAAGCGGGAAGCUUUGGAAGAGGGCCCUUCCAGAAGUGUGGAAGCUUGGUGGCUUUUGCAGAUAGACAAGUCUGAAGCCCAAGGAUACCUGCAUGCACUAGGCGGGAAAUCACAGCGUACUUAAAGUAGCUUUCUCUUUAUGCUGUACCGGCCAGUGCUUCCAGGCAGAGCCACCUCCCAUCGUCCCCAGGAUUUUCUCUCGGCAGGUGCUAAAACAGCAAAGAAAACCAACUUCCAUCAGGGAGGGCCAUUCUGACAAUGAGGUGGAGAACACAUUGGCUUUCCAUCAGCCUGAGCCAAAGUGAACACAGGUGGGGGAUGAGGAGAGUUGCAGUCCACUACCCAAAGGUUUCUGACCCCUUUUUUUCUAAAACAUAAAUCUCAUUUCACCCUUCCCCCCCCCAAAAAAAAAUCCAUUAUGAUCAGUGGACCACAAUCUCUGGUUAACCCCAUGUAGGUGAGACUCUCUCUCUUUCUCUCUUUCUCCCCCCCCCCCCUUUCUCCUAGGCACACCCUUGUGUGUGUAUAUUAGAGAAAAUUUGCGAAGUAGUUGGUUCCCAGUCAUCCCAGUUUUGGCCUCUGAUCUGCCCCAUCGGUCUAAUUGAAGGGGGCUGGUUGUGAGGGGACAGACUCCCCCUCAGAGUGUUCUUCUAAAGUCGGGGAGCAAACCAAGUCUUCUUCGACGUGCUCAGACAUAACACCGUGCAUGAGCUCCUUACCCUAUUAAAACAGCCAGUUUCUUUAGAGGUCUCAGGCGGUGGAAAAUAUGGCGGGUGAUAUCUCUGGACGUUUCAUAGCUGUCCAUCUUGAAUUAUAGCACGUUGGGUGGGAUAGGCUAUAUACUGAAGUGUUUCUUGGGGGAACGCAGUGAACCAGGUCUUUCCACGUUGAUGGAAACCUUUCAGCGAUCCUGUGAAGGCACUUUUGGAAAGACUUGUUCCAGAACCAAUAUAUGAAGUUGUUAAAUAAGCUAUGAACUUGGGAAAGUGGAUGGAACACAACACAGCUGCUGCAAUGGAAGCACAUCUGGUCACGAUAGCAUCCAACCUCUGGCAGGAUAGGAACCAUGAGAAAGAAGUAAACCACUCAAGUCUUAUAUUUAUUUUUAUCAGCUGGUUUACUUUUUUAAACCUCCCAACCGAGCAGUUCGAAAGCAUGUGAAAAUGCAAGAAGAUAAAUAGGUACCACCACGGUGG